AGAGAGAAGAGGAGGAGGAGUCCUGGUUCUGAGGAGGGGCAGCUGUCCUGCUGUGCUGUGUGUCAUGACGUCCUGAAGGAUCCAGUCUCUGCCAGCUGUGGACACAGGUUCUGCAGACAGUGCCUCACCUCAUACAGGGACCAGUCUGGUCCAUCAGAGGGCCAACCCUGUCCACAGUGUGGAAAAAGAUCCAGAACAGGACCUGGACCACAGACAGCGGCUCAGACCAGGACUGAACAAACAGAUCGUGGUCUGCAGAGGGUUUUAGAGGAACAUAAGAUCAGUCUGAGGAAGAGAUGUGAGCAUGUGAGUGAAGGAAGUGAGGAAACAGGAAGUAGAACCCUCCUCAACAGGAUCUACACUGAGCUCUACAUCACAGAGGGACAGAGUGAAGAGGUGAACACAGAACAUGAGGUGAGCCAGCUGGAGACCGCCUCCAAGAUGGAGACCCUCCAGGACACUCCCAUCAAAUGCCAGGACAUCUUCAGAGCCUUACCCGGUCAACAGGAACCCAUCAGAGUGGUUCUGACAGUCGGCAUCGCUGGUGUUGGAAAAACCUUCUCAGUGCAGAAGUUCACUUUGGACUGGGCAGAGGGCUUGGAGAACCAAGACCUCAGUCUGCUGGUUCUGCUCUCAUUCAGGGAGCUGAACCUGAUCAGAGAUGAGAGGUACAGUCUCCUCCAACUUCUCCAUGAUUUCCAUCCAAAUUUACAGAAGGUCCCAGCAGAGACGCUGGCUGUCUGUAAACUGGUGUUCAUCUUUGACGGCCUGGACGAAAGCAGACUGUCUCUGGAUUUCAACAACACUCAGGUUGUGUCUGACGUCACACAGGAGUCGUCUGUAGACCUGCUGUUAACAAACCUCAUCCAGGGGAAUCUGCUCCCCUCAGCUCUGGUCUGGAUCACUUCUCGACCAGCAGCAGCCAAUCAGAUCCCUCCUUCACGCGUUGACAGGGUCACAGAAGUCCGAGGCUUCACUGACGCCCAGAAGGAGGAGUACUUCAGGAGGAGGUUCAGGGAUGAAGAUCUGUCCAGCAGACUCACCUCAUACAUCAAGACCUCCAGGAGCCUCCACAUCAUGUGUCAGAUCCCGGUCUUCUGCUGGAUCACUGCUACAGUUCUGGAGCACAUGAUGAGCACAGAGCAGAGAGGAGAGCUGCCCAAGACCCUGACUGACAUGUACUCACACUUCCUGCUAGUCCAGACCAAGAGGAAGAGGAAGAAGUACGCUGAGGGUCAUGAGACGAGUCCUCAGGAGCUGAUGGAGGCUGACGGGGAAGUUCUCCUGAAGCUGGGCAGGCUGGCGUUUGAACAUCUGGAGGAAGGAAACAUCAUGUUCUACCAAGAAGACCUGGAGCGCUGUGGUCUGGAUGUCACAGAGGCCUCGGUGCACUCAGGACUUUGUACAGAGAUCUUCAAAAGAGAGUAUGUGAUCUUCCAGAAAACAGUCUACUGCUUUGUUCAUCUGAGCGUUCAGGAGUUUCUAGCUGCAGUCUACAUGAUCCACUGUUUCACAACCAGGAACACAGCAGCACUGAAGGAACAAGACAGGAUCACAAAGGUACUGGUGGAUUUUAUGGGGGCAAACCAUGUAGAUUUGACCGUGGAUGACCUCCUACAUACAGUGAUGCUGAAAUCCCUGAGAAGUAAAAACGGUCACCUGGACCUGUUUGUCCGCUUCCUUCAUGGACUCUCUCUGGAGUCCAACCGGAGACUCUUAGGAGGUCUUCUGGGUCAGAUAGAUAACAGUCCAGAGAUGAUCGAAAGGAUCAUUGAAAACCUGAAGGAGAACCAAACCAGAACCUCUCCUGACAGAAGCAUCAACAUCUUCCACUGUCUGACGGAGAUGAACGACCUCUCAGUCCAUCAGGAGAUCCAAGAGUUCCUGAAGUCAGGGAACAGAUCAGAGAAACUCUCUGAGAUCCAGUGCUCUGCUCUGGCCAACAUGCUGCAGAUGUCAGAGAGGGUUCUGGAUGAGUUGAACCUGAUGAAGUACAACACAUCAGGGCAGGGACGAAAGAGACUGAUUCCAGCUGUGAGAAACUGCAGGAGGGCGAGUCUUGGUGGCUGUGGACUCUCAGAGACUCAUUUCAGAGUUGUGGCCUCAGCUCUGAAGUCCAACCCCUCCCACCUAAGAGAGCUGAACCUGAGCUUCAAUAAGCUGCAGGACUCAGGAGUGAAGAUUCUGUCUGCUGGACUGAAGAGUCCAAACUGCAGACUGGAGACUCUGAGAUUGAGGAGCUGCGGUUUGACAGAGAUCAGCUUUGCUUCUCUGGCCUCUGCUCUGAAGUCCAACCCCUCCCAUCUGAGAGAGCUGUGGCUGAAUGAGAACAUCCUGCAGGAUUCAGGAGUGCUGCAGCUGUGUGGUUUCCUGGAGAGUCCAAACUGCAGACUGGAGACUCUGUGGUUGUGGCUCUGCUGUCUGUCAAAGAUCAGCUGUGCUUCUCUGGCCUCAGCUCUGAAGUCCAACCCCUCCCAUCUGAGAGAGCUGGACCUGAGGCACAACAACCUGCAGGAUUCAGAUGUAAAACUUCUGUCCGAUCUUAAGGAGAGUUCAAACUGCAAUCUGAAGACUCUCAGAUGGCGUUUGUGAUCUCGGUCAUAGCAAUGUUUGUGCAGAGAGGAUCGGUCGUGUCCUGGUGAUCCAGAGAGGAUGAAGCAGCAGGAUCUUAAACAUUAUAAGUGAAAGUACAUUUUAAUGGGUGGAGAUAACCCUCUUAGUUUCGCGGGUAAGCUUCCUCUGUUUGUCCCAGUUUGGUCACCCCAGUCCCCAAAAAGUCUGGCUCCGCCCUUGGAUUUGGCACACAGCUAAGACAUGUGUUUUUAAAGAUGUGCUCA